GUUGGGCUAGGUGAUCUUGUAGGUCUUUUCCAACCUAGCUAAUUCUAUGAUUCUAUGAUUCCAUAAUGCCACUUUGCAGCCUUCUUCAGUGGUGGUAAUAAACAGUCAUGGUGCUAAUUACAGGUGAGAAGAGCUUUUCAAGGGGGGCUUCCCUUUUCAGGAUACUUCUGUGAAAUAAACUUCCUCAUCUUUCGAUACCAGCCCUGAAAAUGCCUUCCCACUGCAGGAGCCAGUGCAUCUUCUAGAGAUUAGCAUAAUUUAUUCUAGAUUUCAAAGAGAAGAAGGGAGAUGAGAGCUCUCCUACCGUUUGUAAGGAGCAAUAUUUAUGUUCACAGGAAAACCACAAAGCAAGGCAAAUAUAUAUAUUAAAUUAAAGAAAUAAAAUGAAUGAAGAUACCAAGUAUGGCACUAUUUGCAUUGAAGUAUGGGUCCUAUCAACCACAGCCCAACAAGAGAGCCGUUCCGCUUGGGUAUAUUCUUGGAAAACUUCUUCCUUCUCCCCUACAUUUCUCCCUGCUGCAGAGCUGCGCUGAUUUCAUUACCUGUAUAAAAACAGGAGAAAACUCUUAAUGAAGAAGAAAGGGUUAUGAAAUCACUUUAUUCUCUUUCAACUGAAGAUUCUGUGUCCUUCAGGCUGUCAGACCGGGGGCACCACGGUGGUCUCAGGUUGGAAAAUCAUGUACUCACAAGGGCAGUUUUUCUGAAAGAGCGUCUUACAGAAAACCAAAUUUCACGUGGGAGUUUCUUAUAUACUUUGGUAAGUGUUUCACAGCAAUUAGAAAUGAUGGCAUAUGGUAAAGCUUACAUAUUUUUAUAAUAUGUUAAUGAUUAACUGACUUCUUCCAUCGUUAUUGACUUAGUGGGAGAGUGACAAGGAACUGCAAGGUACCUGUUUGGUAGCGCAAGUCAGAAAAUUUGCAGGGGCAUUUAUUUCCACCUCUCUUCUGGAACUUGCUGCAUCCAGCUGCCACUGCUUCAAAGCCUUGGACAACGCUCAGACCCACAGAACACUCCUCUCUUGCUGCAUGGCAAGGCCCGUGGCAGGGCAGGCCCCCACAAGAUGAGCUCCCUGAUUGGCACCUCUCACCUUCAGCUGGCUUCCUUUGCACUGGGGACGAUAGGCUGGAUUCUGUGCACCAUUUCCAUGGGACUUGUGGAGUGGAGAGUGUGGCACGUGGACAACACCACCAUCAUCUCCUCUGGCAUCGCCUGGGUGGGGAUUUGGAAGGUCUGCUUCAUCAGUUAUAUUCAUGUCUCGCCUGGCUAUGAAGAGCAGUUCUGCCAUAAAUUCAGUGGUUAUGACUCCUCCAUCCCUGGAGAAAUCUAUGCUGCUCAGGGUCUCCUGGUGAUCGCCAUGGUCACGGGAUUGCUGGGACUGUCUGCCACGAUAUUUGCUCUGAGAAAUAUUUAUAUGGGAAUCAGUCAUAGAACUCCUAUUACCCGUUUCUUCCUGGUGGGUGGCUUCUUCUACGUAUUUGCCGGUCUGUGUGUCUUGAUUCCAGUGAGCUAUAAUUUCUAUUCUGUAACGCAUAACCAGAGCAUCGCCUUCCCUCCCUCCUACUACAUGCCCUCCAGUCCCGUGGCACAGGAAGCGGGUGCUGCCAUUCCCAUUGGGAUUAUAGCUGCCAUCCUGCUGCUGCUGAGCGGGUCCUUUUCUCUCUCCUACAGAUUUCCUGUAACCACAAACACAUGAAAUCCUGAUGGGACAAAUCGCUCCAUAGAUUUUCAGAGUACGGUCAGAAUAUAAGGAUGGCAGCACAAGUGGUUCUUCAGUCAAAGAACUACAGCAUUUUAGUCUACAGCAGCCAGCACAUGUUGUUAUAAGACUGAACUAUCAUCUUGAUUGCCAUGUAUGACCAGAAGUUUGUCUUUGAGAUAAUCGCUGUUGAGCAGCAAUGGUAAUUUUAAGCUUUAUCAGUUGUCGUCUUUGUAUAUGUAUGCAAACUUUAUUGAUUAACUUAUUUUUUGUGCCAAAUGUUUACUGUGUUCAAAGAGCUGACUCUGAUUUAACUGUCCUGUUAGAAAUACAUGGAAUGACAUGUGAAAUGUGAACGUGUUUCCUUGUUAGUACUAAAAUAUUUUGUCCAUUAUUAAACAAUAUCUGUAGCAAAGUA